ACAUGACUUACAAAGCAGGAAACGCCGCUGAGCAGCAACACAUCCACCUGAAAUUUGAUUCCGAGAGCUUGGUGUCCAGUAUUUUAGGCACUUAAACGGGGAAAAUAUAAAACCAAGACGAUGCUUUGGAGAAUUUUCUUCGUGACACUCGCACUAACUAUUCUGGGAUCCAGCAUCCAGGAUACGAAUGCUGACUGUAAAUUCUCUUCCUGCGAUGAGUGCACAAAUGCGACUGGCUGUGUUUGGCGGACAUGUGGCAAUAACAGUAGCUGUUUUAAUGCCAGUGUUGACCAUGACAAGAACUGCACCAACACCUCUUGCUUACCUGAACCAAGUACUGCGGCUCCCAUAUCUAACUCCACGACACCCAACGCCACUUCUGUUGCUCCUACAGCUUCUCAACAUACGAGCCUACCACCCACGGCUGCUCCAACCCAAAACAGCACCACACCGAACACCACGACAGCAGCACCACCAAUUCCUUCGAAGAAGUCUACAUUUGAUGCUGCCAGUUUCAUCGGCGGCAUUGUGCUAGUACUCGGCCUCCAAGCUGUCAUUUUCUUCCUCUACAAGUUUUGCAAGUCCAAGGACCGCAACUACCACACUCUGUAACACAUGAAGGCACCUGGAUCCAGCACGUUGCACUACAUGCACACUCUCUAUCACACACACACACACACACACACACACAUAUAUAUAUAUAUACACACAUACAAAUCCCCACACAUUCUCACACACACAACCUGUAUUCCUCAAUCCUCCUGUGUUGUCAGCCAUUAUAAUGUAUUUGAUGCCUGUGGUUUGAGUUUUACAUUUCAAUGAAGUGAAGGCUCACACAAAUGUGUAGUUCUACACACAAACAGAAAGUGGUGCCCUAAGUGUGGCAUCUAGAGCAGUGGCAUUGUAGUCUCUAGAAAUUACAGUAUUCUUAUUCAGAGCUGCUCCCCGCUGUAACUGUCUUUUGUUCAACACUUCUGCAUUUUAUAAUAAUUAAGGACCAUAUGCAGAUUACUGCCUCAGCCAAUCCAAGGUCGUUAUGUUGAAGCUGCCAUUUUACUCCAUUUGUGUUACUGCAACUGUAAAAAUGGUAAGCUGGUUUUGAAUGCCACUGCUCUAGGAAUGUGAAAGUUUGAUACCAUGAGUUCAUGCUUGCCUAUGGAAAUAACAUGGCUCCCACUUACUUUAACUUAAUCUAAACUGGGUUAUGAUGUUUUGACACACAGUAGUGUUGAGUUAAGUCACACUGGCUAGUCUGUUGUUCUGGUGCUGAUUGCAGCCUGCCCCGUUCACUGUUCUUUGGCCUUAUAAGAAAGAAGGAUAACUUUAAAUGGUCCAUCUACCCAGAAUCCCUGAAGCCAUACUUGCAUGCUAAAGAUCAGUGAAAAAUAAUUUAAGUUAAUAAGAGUUAAUAAGUGGAUAUUUGUAACUUUUUUUUUUUUGCUUAAAGCCUUGCUAAAAAAAGUCACAGGCCAUUUCUGCACUUUUUUUUUUGGUUGUGAUAUAUUGUGAGCCUAGUAAAAAUAACAGCUCAUUUUCACUACACGAGAGCAUGACAUCUUUGCAAUAAAUCACAAUGCCUAGCUCAACCUUUUGCCAUUAAUAUCUGUAGUAGAACUGAAUCUGGGCUGGUAUCUGUUGCCAGGAUUAGUCAGAAUAAACCCACUAGCCAGCUUCUGUACUGGUAACGUACUAGUGUUUUGUAAGCCAGAAAUGUGGAGGGUCAGUCAGGAACAGUGACGAUUUGAGUUGAUGUGCCUUUGGGGUUUAUGUUUGCUGUGGCUUGUUCAGCUUGUUGUAGGUUAUUGUUGCUCUUUUUCUCCACUUCCUCCCUCUGAGCCUUAAAAGUACGAAUGUUUGAGCGCAGACCACUUGUUGAUGCGAUGCAUGUGUUUCGUGGUCUGCCACCUCCUGAUGGAGCGGGUUUCGUGUUUGUAUGCGCACACACAGACGUGGUGUUUUGCACGAGCGUGUGCUCAGUUUUAUCAAUUAAAUUGAUAUAGAGUCUGCCAGCUGGACUGAUUGCUAUAUUAUGAAGAGUAUAUUAAUGGAUAAAUUUUAGUUUAUCAGUAGUUAAAAAUCCUCUGUCACAGUUCAUCAUCACCUAAAAGCAUUGGCUCUCUGGCUAGCCUUGUGCUCCACGUGUUUGCUUUUGCACAGGCUAGAGCUUUUCUCUGCUUACUUGUCCACCACCCUUUUGUCCUUUAAAGGCAGUCAUUUGAAGUACUUUGUUGCCAUUUAGUCAUAUGAAAACAGUUAAAUAAAAACAAUAAAAGGUACUUUAAUUACUAAGCAAGCUCCUGUUGUGGGGGCAACGCUAUAUUUUUUGGGAGCUUCUUUUUGGCUUGCCAAAUAGGAAGAAGGAAGACUCAAAGAGAUUUUGCUAGGAUGUGCUCUUUUUCUCAUCGCUCAGGUCAAGGGAAGGCGGGGGUCAGCUUAGCCACAGGUCAGAAUUUGUUCAUAUCCUCUUAUUGUUGUCCUUGUGCUAACAGCCUCAGAGACAUGAAGUAGCCAAGUGCUGAAAAAAUGUAUUAAAAACAUGAUCAGAGCUGUUGUGUCUACAUAAACAAGGAGGAUUUAUGAAACGUUUGGGCUGGUUUCUCAAGCUUGAGUUCCCUUUUUAGAAAUUCUGAAGGCUAACUUCUUUGAGUGCGUGUGCUUGCCUGCUUUUGGAUAUGUGUAAUCAUUGUGGUCCAUGAUUACUGUAGGUUAAGCCUGAACUGAAUGCUGACCAUGCCAAAUUCCUUGUAUGAAACGUUGCAUUUCAUGUACCUUGUUUGAUACUCUGUUCAUACUUACUUUUAUCCGGCCACCAUAAGAAUUUGCAUCUAACUAAGAAGAACAGUGGCUGAAUAGAGGUGAAGGUUUGGAAUUCUUACGUUGUUGUCAUCUGUUUUGAAAUUUCUUUCUGUCGUUCUGAAGAGAAUUUCAGAAUUGCUUAUUAUUCUAUGUGCCAUGCUUUUUCGCUGACAAACUGAUGACUCUGCUCAUACACUUUAAUAUUUCUGUCAUUUUGGUUUUGAUUUAUUAAACGUCUGCUGUUAAGGCCUCCCACACACUUCACCGAAACCACUUAAGCCAAUUGUGCAUUCUUUGAAUGGAUUGCUUUUACGCCAAAGUUGUCUAACCUAGCAUGAUUUGGGGGUUGCUAAAUUGCUCCAUCAGCUUUUUUUGCAUUGCACUGGGAUGGUUAGUCAUAUUUUAAUGUUAAAACAAAGGAAAAAAAAGUGCUUGCCUUUUUGCUUGAAAUUGGGAAAAAUAUGCUAUAUAUAUUUUUUUUGUCUUUUCUGGACAUGACACUGUAAAUAUGCAUGGUGUCUGCCAUAUUAUUGUUUUUGUUGCUGAGUGCCAUAGAUACAAAGUAACUAACUCGAGUCACACUGUUGCCUAAACAGCGUUAGGCUACAUCCAAAGAUCCUGUUGUGUUGGUCUGAAGCUGGAGCCUGUAAGAGGGAAUGAGGAAUGAUGAUGGGUUAGACUUAGAGUUCUGCCCACAGAGAACCACUUCGGAGUGCCUAACAUUUUCUCUCUCUCUCUCUCCCUCACUUUCACUCUCACUUUUUGGUCAUUGCUUUCAGAAUUAUAGUCGCUCGUUCUGUGUUGCACCUCCUGAAGACGAAGUGCCUUAUUUAUGCAGAAGGUUAAAUGAUGAAGAUUCUUGUCUUUAAAAUGAGAACUCUUUAAGGGACUUUGCAUGUUCUUGCCUGAGUGAAAAUUGAGUUCAGUGCUAAUAUGUAUGAACCGAGAGAGCUGGUUAAAAUAUAGCGGCUGACUUACACCAUCAUACAUUCUGUUUAUUUCUGGUUACUUAUUAAGUUGGUUUGUGAAACAUGCCAUCAUUAUUUUUCCUUUGUUAGCUGUGUUUUUAGUCUUGUUGUAUGCUAACAGGAUGCAUUCAAAUCAUAGAUGACCUUAGGUGUGUCCAGAUGUGUUAAAGGUUCUCUGAAUGCAUUUUAUUUGAGCGCGAACACACACACACACACACGCACACACACGCACGUACACAUGCACCUACACUUGCUAUUGCUUUAUGUUGCCACAAAGUUUGCCUUAAAAUGUUUUCAGCUCUGUUAGUAUGUUGGUUUUAUUUUCCUGAAAUCGCUUUCUGUUUUUGUUUGACUUUUUUUUCUUUUCUUUUUUUUGCAGUUGCAAUUAGGUUAAAAAUGUUAAA